CUCCAAUUCCUCCAGCAGGACAUGGGAACUUCCGGCCAUGGUGGACUAAAGCCUGGAGUUGAUGAGAGCAAUCCCUGGUGGUCCAUCCUCAAAAAGGUUCUCGCUAAUCACGGCGCGGGCGUCAAGGUUGAAAUAUUUCCCGUCGCAACGGAUGCCCGUUUCCUGAGACGCUAUCAUCGCCUUGCUGCCGGGAAAAUAACGGCUAUGGAUGCACCCACCGGACACCCAUUCAGGCCAUCAACUUUUCACCCAUGCGGAACACGCCCGUCCUUCUACACAGCCAUGACGAAUUCCUGA